AUGGUUGCCGUCCAACUCGCCCCCUUUGCCUGGAAGCAAACGAAUGCAGUCCUCUGUAAGGAGUAUCUUCAGGCUAUCUUGUCCUUCAAGGGUGACAAUGUGGGACCCAUCAUCCACGUAUUGAAUGGCAUCGACGGCUCAGGUCGGCUCCCACCUAUCGACGUGUUUCCAUCGCGCAAGGCUCUACUUGAAUUAUCUUGGCCGGCAAUCUUUGGAAUCUCCCUAUUUGCGUCUUUCCGGGACAUCUAUGUGUUUGCUCGGGUCAUGGAGUCGAUCUGGCAGGUCUACUUCCUGAAUAGCCUGCGCUUUCAGGCCCUGGGGCGUCAUUUGUGGUGGCAGAGGUUGCGCUCAGGUGGCUCUCUCGCCGACUUGCACUAUGCUUCUGAAGACCUCCGCUCGGGACGGGAUAUCGCCGAAGAACUCGCGCCCGUUGAUCUUGUCAUACACCGCAUGUACCAUAUCUGGACCCAAGAACGGGGUUACCCUGGUAUGGGACACGGUAUGGACUAUGACUGGGUUGUUAACGUCGCGAAUUUGUGCUUUCGGAUCACGUCUACGCUCCGCUAUCGGCAUAUGUGGGUAAUCUUCUUCAGCCGAGAUCGCCGCUGA